AUGGCAUCGGAAUCAUCAUCAUCAUCAUCUAGUAUGCAGCUGGCGUGGAAGUAUGAUGUUUUUUUGAGUUUCAGAGGAGAAGAUGUCCGCAUGAACUUUGUUGAUCAUCUCUCCACUGCCAUGUUCAGUAAAGGGUUUGACAUUUUCAAGGACGAUGUCGCACUUAAACGAGGCGAAUAUAUCACCCCAACACUAUUGGCAGCCAUUGAAAAUUCAAGGGUUACGGUUGUCGUUCUCUCGAAGAGAUAUGCAGAUUCCUCUUUCUGUUUGAUUGAACUGGCCAAGAUUAUGGAGUGCAAUAAGAAGAGAGGCCAGAUUAUAUUACCGGUGUUCUAUGGCGUGGAUGCCUCAGAUGUCAGAAAACAAAGUGGAGCGUUUGGUGCAGGUUUUGCAAAACAUACGAAGGAUAGCAGGGUGAAUGAAUGGAGACAAGCACUGGUGGAUGUAGCCGAAAUUGCUGGAUGGGGACCAAAUAGAUAUGAGGUCAAAAUGAUUGAAGAAAUUAUUGAAACAAUAUCACUUGGACGGCCUUGGAAAACCAAAAAUUCAACUGUUUAUAGGAACCUAAUUGGAAUAGAGCCUCGCAUGCAAUGUGUAAAAUCUCUGAUGGAAAUCGAGUCUGGUACUGGUGUUCGUAUGAUUGGAAUAUGGGGGAUAGGAGGCGGAGGCAAGACUACUCUUGCCACGGCCAUCUAUAAUGAAGUCAAUUGCAUGUUUGAUGGGCGGUGCAGCUUAGUUGAAAACAUCAAGGAGGAACCAUUAAACCGUGAUGUUUUCAAGGAAAGAUACUUGAAAUUAGGGAGUAUUAACGAAGGAAAAUGUAUGAUAGAGGAGAGGAUGUGUCGCUUUCGUGUUCUAAUUGUUCUGGAUGAUGUUAAUCAUGGUAGCCAACUAGAAGCAUUAGCAGGAUCACACGGCUGGUUUGGUCCAGGGAGCCGGAUCAUUAUAACAACAAGAAAUAAGAAUUUGCUCGAAGCUCAUGGAGUAGAUUCAAUACAUGAAGUCAAUUUAUUAAAAGAUUGGGAGGCUAUUCAACUCUUCAAUAGGUAUGCUUUUCGAAAUAAACAACCAUCAAAAGUGUUUGAGGAGCUUUCACUAAAUGUGGUUCGUUAUACCUGUGGGCUUCCAUUGGCACUUAAAGUCUUGGGUUCAUCAUUAUGUAACAAAAAGUUUGCGGCUUGGAAAAGUGCGUUGGAAAGACUCAAAGAUAUGCCUAACAAAGAUAUCUUCGAAAUACUCAAGAUAAGCUACGACUGUUUACAACCAGACGAGCAAGAGAUGUUCCUAGAUAUUGCAUGCUUUCUUAGAGGUCGUGAGAAAGAUGAGGUGUUGGAAAUGCUCAAUGCUCGUGGAUUUCACACUGAUAUCUUGCUGGAUGUUCUAAUAGAUAACUCCCUUGUACGUGUCUCAAAUGGGAACCUUCAAAUGCAUGACCUUGUACAAGAAAUGGGUCACUGGAUUGUUCGAAAAGAGCACAACAAACAUAGCAGAAUUUGGCAAGCUGGAGAACUUCUCAAGAUAUGUACUGGAGACACACCAAUGAAGAAGAAAGUAAUCAAAGGAAUACAAGUAAGGUUUGACGAUGAAUGCCCAAUAGACUUUUCUGAUGCUUUCACCGACAUGGUUGAUCUUCAGUUUCUUGAUAUCAGCAUAUUUCCUCUGUGGAAAGAUGUACCAGAUGUUAAGGAGCCUAACGUUCUUCCAGAUAGCUUGCAGUGGCUUUCAUGGUCUAAUUAUCCUGGAAAAUCAUUGUCACCAGGUUUCAAAGCAAAAAAUCUUGCGGGCAUAUGUGUAACAAGUAGCAAGAUUGUUCAACUUUGGGAGGAGGAUAAGGUCAUUGAUAAGCUCAGCAAUUUGAAAAUGCUUGAUCUCUCGGGCUCAAAGUAUCUAACCAGAAGUGAGAGUUUCUUUUACACUGAUCAAAUGGAGUCGGAAUCAGAUGCUACUCAACUGUCGUGGAAUUACGAUGUGUUUUUUAGUUUUAGAAGAAAAGACACCCGUAACAACAUUGUUGAAGAUCUCUGCAGAUCCUUAUCCAAUCGCGGCAUCAAUGUUUAUGAGGACAAUAUUGCAGAAUUUCAUCAGGGUAAAGAGACAAUCCUUGCUGCCAUGGAAAGGUCCAGGUUUGUGAUUGUCGUUAUCUCUAAGAAUUACUUACGUUCUACUUGGUGUAUGAAUGAACUUGCCCAGAUUAUGGCGACUAGGACUGGCAGAAGGCGGAUAGUUAUACCCGUGCUUUAUAAUAUAAAGCACACGGAAGUAUUUUCCCAAGCAGGACCUCUCGGGGCAAGUUUUGAUCAGAUGCUUCGUCGGUAUGAGAGGUGGAGAAAAUGGCUUCUUCCACUACAGGAAGCGAGUGGGCUUGCUGGCUGGACAAAUAUCAGCUAUAGGCAGAAAUCGAUUGAAGAAAUAGUUGAUAUUAUAUCACGUGGAGUAUCAUCCUCACAAGCAAAUUAUGAGAGCAACCUAAUCGGAGUGGAGCCUCACAUGCAGCAUAUUAUCAAGGAUCUGUUAAAAAUUGGGUCUGGUGGUGUUCGUAUGAUUGGAAUAUGUGGGGUAGGUGGCAUAGGCAAGACCACUCUUGCCAUGGCCGUUUACAACGAGAUCUCUUGCAAGUUUGGUGGGCGCUGCUGCUUUAUCGAAAGCCUCAAGGAGUAUUCACGUAAGAAUGGUUUGAAGAAACUGCAAGAAAAGAUCCUCACAGAUGUUUUUAAGGCAAGCAAUAUGACGUUAAUGAGCACCGACGAAGGAAAACGCAUGAUAAAGGAGAGGAUGGGCCGCUUCAGCGUUCUAAUUGUUUUGGAUGAUGUAGAUGACAGUAGUCAACUAGCGGCAUUAGUAGGAAAGCGUUCCUGGUUUGGCAUGGGAAGCCGAAUCAUUAUAACAGCAAGAGACAAGUGUUUGCUUGAGGCCCAUGAAGUGGACUCAAUACACCAAGUUGACUUGUUAAAAGACGGAGAGGCUGUAGACCUAUUUAAUAGCUACGCAUUUCCAAAGAAUAAGACGUUAAAGGAAACCCGUGAAGAGAAUGACAAGCUUUCGGUUGACAUAGUUCAUGCUGCUGGUAGCCUUCCUUUAACACUUAAAGUCUUGGGUUCUUUUCUAUGUGACAAAAUGGAGUAUGCGUGGACAAGUGCACUGGAGGAUCUGAAGUUGGCAAGCACAGAAACUUCAAAAAAGCUCAAAAUAAGCUAUAAUGGAUUAAGACCAGACGAGAAAGAGAUAUUUCUAGACAUUGCACUCUUUUUUAGAAAUCGAAAGAAAGCAGAGGUACUGGAAAUACUCUACGCCUGUGGAGACCAGACUUGUGACAUUGGGGUAGACGUUUUGAUAAAGAAAUCCCUUAUAAGCGUCUCAGAUGGACACUUUCAAGUCCAUGACCUGAUACAAGAAAUGGCUCGUGCCAUUAAUCUAGAAGAGCUCCCAAAAGAACAUGGCAGGAUUUGGCAAGCUGAAGAACUGUUAAAGAAAACGGAAGCAACCAAAGUAACAAAAAUCAAAGGAAUACAAGUGAGGUUUGAGGAUGAACGUCCUAUAGACUUUUCUGAUGCAUUCACGAACAUGAAGGACCUCAGAUUCCUUGAUAUCAGCAUAUCCCAGAUGUCAAAAGACCGAGCAGAUGACAAAGAGCCUAAAGUUCUUCCAAACAAUUUGCGGUGGCUUUCUUGGUCGAAUUAUCCUGGAAAACGUUUGCCACGUGAUUUUCAAGCAAAGGAGCUUGUGGUUCUGUUUAUGACUUGCAGCAAGAUUGUAAGUCUUUCCAUGGAACACAAGCUUUUUGGCCUAACACUGACACUGAAAAUGCUUGACCUUUCCGGCUCCAAAGAUCUGAUCAGCAUCCCAAGCUUUGCCACCUUCCCAAAUCUUGAAAGAUUAAUACUGCAAAAUUGUCACAAUCUGAAACUGGUUGAUCCAUCAAUCGGGAAUCUUGGAAGACUUGUUUCAUUGGAUAUGUCUGGCUGUUCAGAGCUUCAAGCAUUUCCUCCCAUCAUCCGGAUGACAUCCUUGAAGUUUCUUAUCUUCUCCGGAUGCACCAAACUAACAACAUUUCCAGAGAUUCAAGGAAAUAUCGACAGGUUGGAGCAUCUUUGGUUACAAAACAGCGGGAUACAAAAUCUUCCCAACCCAAUCGGACAAAUCAGCAGCCUCAUUUCUAUAGAUGUACGUGAUUGCAAGAGCCUAACAAGUAUGUCGUUCGAAUUCCAUCAAUUAAUAUCUUUAAGAAGCCUUAAGGUUAGUGGUUGCUCAAGACUUGAAAAACUACCAGAGAGCUUGGGUGAUCUGCAGUUCAUGGAGGAGCUUCUUUUAGAUAACACUGGUAUCAGAGAGUUGCCUGCCUUCAUUUGGAAUAUGAUGAGCCUCAGAACACUCUCCUUUAGGCACAUAGACAAAGUCGGUACCUCCAAAAUGACUAAAACCAACGGUAAGAAGUUAUUGCUAGCCUAUUAUCAACACCUUAUAAAUGGAGGGUGUUAUGAUUCAUUUCAUGAAUGAUUGAUUUUAUAAAUAGAGAUGUUUGUUUAUUCAUCAAA